AGUCAUUCGAAUUAGCGCCCUCUACAACCUCAAAUUUGGACUAAUUUGCAACAAUGGCGAACACCAUCUAUUAUUUGUCGGUUGGUUUGGGCAUAGUGUUCUUCGCUUUUGGCGUUACCAAAGUCGUGCCCAUACAGCCUGCGUAUAGCACCCAGGUGUCCAGUUUCAACAGGUUCGUCUUGGUGUUCCCAUUCCAGUCUUUCACGGGUUACAAGCCGACAGCCGAACUGUACCGCACGGUCGUCGGUGUCAUCGAGAUCACAUUCGGCGCUCUCCUGGCGUUCGGGAACUAUCACUGGCAUCGCAGCAGCUCACUGGUACUGCUGUGCCUAAUGAUCGGUGCCCUGUACACCAUCCUGGCCUUAGGGGACCCCGUACAGAAUAUCGUGCCAUCAGUUGUCGUCGGGGCGCUCCUGAUCCUUCUUAUCAAUCGCGAGGGCCACUAUCGCCUCUAAACGUGGAUCGAGCAGAGGCCACGUCAUCAUGAAGACCAGGGAAGAAAACGCAUGGGACCUCUUUGGCGUCACUUGUGAAUCUAGCGCUAAUCGUGUGUUAGUUAUUUCUAACAUCCGUAGACUAAUUCAGAAUGUUUUGAUACAAUAAUAGACUGGUAUUUCCUGAUUUUUUAUUCAUAUUUAGAUUUCAAUUGCUGUCAUCUAGUGUUUAUCGCCGUUCAUCACUGGACACUGAAGUGCCAUCAUAGUUAUCAAAGUCACAGGGCAGCUGAUGACAAUUGGAGCCAUGGGCUGUUGGAGCAAUAAUCUAUUGAUUACGCUACCCAUUCAUCCUCAAUUUUGGGGACACCUUUACACUCUCCCUCUUCAUUUUGUUCACUGCCAGUCACGAAUGUGCGCUGUAGUUCAUGUACAUUCCUCUAUAGCGUCUUAAAAUAACGAGCUUGACUUUGCAGCUUUACUAAAUCUCACGAGAUAUUUUUGGACCGAUAAGAAUUUUGUACUGAUUUAGUUAUGUAUAUUUUUGUAGCUCAUUUUCACUUCCUUUCAAGGUAUUUGCGGUGGCAGUGGUACUAAGUCGGAGUCAAUGUGUAUGCAUUUUACUAACAAAAGUAAAAAAAAACUUGGCUGACAAGAGAAAUCCAGGUUGAAAACACAUGGUCAUGUGGAGAGAUAGCAUUGAACAAUUUUGAUCUUAUUUUAAAGGGAGAUAUGCUCUGAAUUUAUGCUCUGUACUUUGUUUUUAGUCAUUAUAAUUCUCACAAAUAUUCAUAGUCAUCCAGAUAUGAUAAAAAUACAUUUUUUUCCGUACUUCACUACCUUUAACUUAAUGCUUCUGCUAAGCAGGGUAAAAUUAAUCAGGAGGGACGUUUUGUGUGCAGUGCUUUAUGUUUUUUCCCAGUUUGAUUGUUCUUAGAGAAAAGUAGCCUCCUCGGGGAACAGCUAAACUCCCAAAAUUUCAGAAAUGCCUUGCAGAGUUUGCGGAAUCGGAAUCUUGUUUGGAAAAAAAUAAAUGCACGUCAGUUACUUGAGUGACGCCAAAGGCUGA